AUGGCUCAAACUAUGAAAACUCUUCUUGUGCCAAUUCUUCUCCUAAUGCUAAUGGCAAUAGUAGAGGCAACUCCUCCAGGUGUAGCCAAGAGCCUGAGCUAUGCAAGAUGCUCGAUAAAGAAGUACAAGUAUUGCUAUAAUCUGAAGCUUGUAUGCCCCAAAUCUUGCCCUCACCAAUGCACUGUGGACUGUGUCUCUUGUAAAUCAAUAUGUGUUGGUUACAAAAGCUCUCCUCCACCUCAAACUCCAACCCAUUCACCUCCAUCAUAUUCUCCUACUUCACCUCCUACAAAAACUCCCACACCUCCAACUGCUUCUACUCCACCCCCAUCUCCCCCACCUCCUACUACAACCCCACCUCCAUCACCCCCUGCAACAACUCCCACACCUCCAACUACUUCUACUCCACCCCCAUCUCCUCCAACUUCCUCGCCAUCACCACCACCUCCUUCUCCCACAACUCCCACCCCUCCAACUACUUCCUCUCCACCUCCCUCUAUUCCAAGUUCUCCAACACCACCUAGUCCUACCCCGCCUUCACCAUCACCUCCACCAUCAACACCUUCUCCAACACCUCCUGCUGCAACUCCUCCUCCUUCAUUUCCUACCCCAUCUCCGCCUAUUUCCUCCUCUCCUCCACCAACUCCAAAGACUGUCAAAUGCAAGAAUAAGAAAUACCCUCAGUGUUACAAUAUGGAGCAAGUAUGUCCCAGCUCAUGCCCUGGUGGAUGUGAGGUUGAUUGUGUCACUUGCAAGCCUGUUUGCAGGUGUGAUAGGCCAGGAGCAGUGUGUCAAGAUCCUCGAUUCAUAGGCGGUGAUGGCAUCACCUUCUACUUCCAUGGCAAGAAAGAUCACGACUUUUGCCUUUUAUCGGACUCCAACCUCCAUAUUAAUGCACACUUCAUUGGCAAACGAAACCAGAACAUGAAGAGGGACUUCACUUGGGUCCAAUCCAUUGCAAUUCUCUUUGACAAACACCAACUUUUCAUCGGUGCCCAAAAAACUGCCACAUGGAAAGACUCCAUUGAUCGUCUCACCCUCACCUUCGACAACGAGCCUAUUACCCUCACCGAAGUAGAAGGUGCUAGGUGGCAAUCCACAAGUUCUCCAAGUGUUUUUGUCAAUAGGCUAGCUGACACUAACAGCGUCAUGGUUGAAGUUGAAGGAAGCCUUAGGAUCACAGCCGAGGUUGUGCCUAUAACCAAAGAAGACUCUAGAAUUCAUAACUAUGGUAUAACCAACGAGGAUUCAUUUGCUCAUCUCGACCUUGGGUUCAAGUUUUUCACUCUGAGCAACGAAGUGAGUGGUGUGUUGGGCCAAACAUACAGACCCGAUUAUGUGAGUCGUGUAAAUAUUGGAGCUACCAUGCCUGUAAUUGGAGGGGACAAGAAUUUUGAAACUUCAAACCUGUUUGCCACGGACUGUGCUGUUGCUCGGUUUGGUGGGUCUGAUGGUGAAGCUUCUUUGGAGAGUUUGGAGUUGCCUAGCUUGAGCUGUGCUAGUGGGAUUGAUGGGCAAGGCGUUGUAUGCAAGAGAUAG